CAGAAAAGUAGAAUUCGAAAUAGAGUGAUAUCGAGAUAUCAACAAUGGUGAACUCCAAGAAGCUGAUUGAGAUGGCAAAGAAGUGGCGAAAUGUGGCUGCGUUGGCCAAAAGGAUUGGGGCACAGACUGACGCUGAACUAGAUUCAAACGUGUGCAGCACAUCUUUGGCAGAAAAAGGCCACUUUAUUGUAUAUACCUCAGAUGCGAAGAGGUUCAUGGUUCCUUUGAGAUAUUUGAAGAGCAUUAUUUUUGUAGAACUCUUAAAGAUAUCUGAAGAUGAGCAUGGGCUACCACGUGACGGUCCGAUCAUAGUGCCUUGUGAUGUAGUGUUCAUGGAGUAUAGUCUAUCUUUACUCGGAAGACGAGGGUCUAAAGCUAUGGACAGGGUGUUGUUAAAUACUGUAUUCAAGCACCGUCAUUCUCCUUGCUCUUCGCAGACUGUAGGGUUGAAUCAACAAGUUGUAUGUAGCUUCUGA